AUGUUUCUCCGUAGAGCUGUGAUCGCCGCCGGGGGUUCUGCUGUCGCUCUUUUUGCCGCCGUGUCUGUGGGGAAAAGCGGGGAUGACUACUUUCUGGCAUGGCCGCCUGCUGUCAGCGAGCGCUGGGAAAGUAACUGGGAUCUGUAAGUCGGCGACCGACAGCAUCCCACUGCAUGUCAUCCCACUGCAUGUCGUCCCACUGCAUGUCAUCCCAUUUGUUUUAUAAUGUGACAGUUGUGAUAUGUGGGUCUUACGAAGCCUCAAGUUCUAGUUACGUUUCUUUGCAAGCCCUCUUCCUGGCACAGACUGAAAUCAGCUCUGUGGUCAGGAGCCUCUGUGGUGGGUGACUGCAAUGUGCUGCAUUACAGUUCAUUGAGUAAUUAUUUAUAAAAUGUCUAACCAGGGAGGGUACACUGAGAUUUCUCUCUGAGUAUAGAAGAGUAAGGACUGUUGGCUGAGGAGCUACCAAGAGCACCUACUGGCUGAUGGAGGUGUUCGUGCAACUAUUGUACUCAAAUUGGCUGUUUUUUGCGAACUGUGGUAACUGCCUUUUUUUUUUUAAAGUGAUGUAUGUUUGUGUAUAUAUUUCUGUUCCAUAGUCGAGAGCCAAACUCUCUGAUUAACUUGAAUCACCUGAAGGAAAAGCCUGAGGAAUUGAAACACCAGCUCGAUCGACACAAAGCAAAGGCUACUCGCCACAUCUUUCUGGUCAGACAUGCACAGUACAAUGAAGAUGGAGCUACAGACUCAGAAAAAAUUCUCACAGAAGAGGGUAUGUAUGACUUGUCUUUGUAAGAGACACCUCCCCUCUCUCCCAUAAAAGCCUCAGGAUUUAUAACAAACUACAUACAUGCCCCACUAACAAUCAAUUCCUGUGACUGCCACACUGAAAUAAGACUGGGGUUAUUGUGGUACAGCUUGUAAUUAACUAAGUUUAGUCUCUUCUCUCCUGUAGGACGGAAGCAGGCAGAACACACCGGUAAGCGCCUGGCGUCUCUACAUCAUACCUUCACCUACAUUAUUUAUUCUUCGAUGGCCAGAACCAAAGAAACUUUUGAAAUCAUCAAAAGAAAACUACCAGGUAACUUUUUUUUAUUUAUUUUUUUAUGUAGGUCUUGUGGAAGUAGACAAAAAUAUUACCAGGUUCAAUAAAAAGCGUUUAAUUGACCAUUACAAUACACAGAGAUAUCUCAUGGAGAUUGGCAAGAAGCAAUCUAACAUCAUGUUACAAUUCCUCAUAUUUUAUACAUAUGACCCGGAACCGGCCUUUCGUUUAGCUUGAAUCAGAACUCCAAAUAUGGUCUUAUUUCCUAUUGGCUAAAUUCUAGCAUAACUGACAAAUUUAAGGUUCAAAAGUUUAAGCAUCCCAUGAUCUUUCUAACAGAUGACUUGACCACAGUCAUGCGUCUUACUUCGCUAAAAUAUCGCUUGUCUAUGAUAAAAGUUAACACAUAUAAGUCUGACUUCCUCUUUCACAACUUAAGCACACAUUUCACCUUUCCCCCCCUGGCAACAUCUGACAAGACACGCUUUCAAAAUAACCUUUCCUUUUGCAAUCCAAAAAACAGUCCAGACAUCCAUUAAUAAAUUGUAGCAAUAAAACAUAGUUUCUUCUUAUUUCUUAGAGUAAAUAUUCUUCUUUGAUUAUAUUUUAAGAUGAUGAAUAAACAGCAAAAUGGCUGACAGCAUGUCAGUAGCAGGUUACAUAUGUUCACAGUCCUCCCUUUGGUGCUAGGACUUUCACCACAAAAAGCUCCGUGCAACACUUCCAUGUUUAGCGAAGGUCAUUCAGUGAGCUAGUGAUUUUAAACAGCACUUGCAGGACUUUCCAAAUAGAUGCGCACACGAUCAAUAUCUUCACGAGAAAGCAUGUCUGUAUUCCAAGUCGGUAUGAGUUGUGACCAGAUAGGAGACAUUUCAACAUUCGAAAUUGUGCCAGGGGGAGAUGAAGGUGAACAGCUCUUGAGGGUCAAUCGGCAUGAACACUUUAGGACAUUCACUGCAACAUAUAUAAACACAAGCAUCAAUACUACUAAAAUAACUCCAAAGAGAAUACGUUUUCCCAUUGUUCCCAACCAAUUAGUUAAACCAAAACUCCAGUCAAAACCCCAAUUUAAACCUCCCGAAGAAGUAUCGUGAACUUCUCUAAGUUUAAUUUGUACUUCAUGCAAUCUAUCUACAUCUGUAUGAAUCUGACCAGUAACAUUAUCUAUCUUUAAACGACAUCUUGUUUUUAUUAGUGCACAAACACCACCUUCGGAGGCCAACAAAUAAUCUAGGGCAAACCUAUUUUGCAUAAUCAUAGCUGAAGCUUGUUCCUGUUCUGCAGACAAUUUUUGAAUAGCAUCUCCUGUAUUAUUAAAGGCUUCAUCUAGUAUAUCUCCUAACAAGUUUAAUUUGUACAUUAAUUCAAUAACCCCCCAUGUAGGUACAAAACCUGCAAAUAGCCUAUCUUCUUCACCAGAUUUUACAGUUCUUUCGGUUUUAUCUUUUUUGGAACUAAUAACCUUUCUUUUAUUCCUCACCCUUCCUUCAGGCAAAUUUUCAUGAAGGGUUAACGCUGGGAUAAUAUUACCUACAUAACAAGUUUCCACCCAAUUACAUGGAAGUCUUUUUACCGCCCAACUACCACAUAAAUAGUAUACCCCAAAUGGAAGAUGGAUAUCAAUAACAUGAGAAUCUGAGCAGUCAAAAAUAGGUUGAUUAAUAUAGGGCAGUAGCAUAAAAAGAUUGGAAGUUUGAGUAUUAAAGUAGGCCCAUCUCAAAAUAGUGACAUUUAAAUGUUCAUUCUGGUCAUAAUUAUUAUCCAUGAUUUCUACCUCAGAAGUCAAAUUUACCCAUACAUGAUUAGUAAUCACCGGGAUUCUAUCCUUGAUGGGACAUUUUGUCAAAAUAUCUUCUAAUAAGGGUUUCCAACAAAAAGCUUUCAAUCUACCAGUACAAGGGGCAGAAUUAGUUUCAGACCCACAUAGAUUAUAAAGGACAUUGUUUUCAAAAAUAACAAUAGCAUUGCUUAUAGGCUUAACAAUCUUGGCAGGACUUUUCUGAUCCCUGUUAGAAAUUACUACUGCUCUGCUAGUAAUGGGAUAUGUUAAAUGAACCUUAGCAGGUUCGCCAGAUUUGGAUAAUUCAUUCUGAAUAAAUCCAACAAACCCCGUUUUAUUUGCUCUUAUUUUCUCACAAAGAGAUUCCAUAGACCAUGGCACCCCCACAAAAGGAUAACCAUAGUUCAUGGAAUGCGGAGCAAACCCACAAACCCAACAAUGAUUACUUUUGUUUGAUAAUUUAUACAAUUCAGUAGCUGUUUUAACGAAAUGAUUAUCUAUCUCCCAAGAAGAAAAAUACUUGGCUCCCUGGCCCAAGCUACACGUGUAUUAAAGAAAAAAGAGGAGCUAACGUAGUGUAGAGGAUGAAAAUUUUUAAAAAUGUCAUAAUGACCAUCAUUAAGGACAAUAUAAGUUUAACCAGUUUGAGAUUCAUGAAGAAAAACAGUAGAGUUGACUUUGGAUUAGAAAGAUACUCCCCUUAUAAAGUACCCCUUUUUAGAAGGGAAAACGGCUUCCUUAGUCCUCUAUUCUUCUUCCAGUGAAAAAAUCUUUUCCAGCGCUUGUCAGUUUACAAUGGGAAAUGUGGAUCCAAGAUUUAACCCCUGCGACUUUAACAGCUGAAUUAGUGGUUAAUAACACUUGACAAGGUCCUUUCCACCUUGGUUGCAACGCGUGCUUUCGUGAAUGGUCUUUUAUCAUAACAUAAUCUCCAGGAGCGAUGGCAUGCAAAGGUUGGUAUUCACUUGUUCGCUGUACAGCUUUUACCUGCAUAUAGAGAGACUAAUCGUUUUGUUAGCUACAUGCAAUACGUCAUUACUAAAUCAUCAUUUAUCUCAUGAGAAUAACAUUUUAUAGGUACCCCUCCUGUGAACAUUGGUCUUCCCAUUAGAAUUUCAUGAGGGGAUAACCCUGCUUUCAAACUAGAGAGAAUCUCAUAGACAUUAAGGCAAGAGGAAGUGCAUUAAGCCACUUUAACUUUCUCUGCUGCAAUUUUUGCAAUUUUGUUUUUCAAUGUUCCAUUGGCCCUUUCUACUGCUCCUUCUGACUGAGGAUGAUGAGAGCAAUGUAAAUGAUAAGGGAUUUGCUAAAUUUUUGCUAUCUGUUGCACUACUUUUCCUAUAAAAUGUGUUCCCUGAUCUGAGUAAAUGUGCCGAGGCAAUCCAUACCUGGGUAUAAAUUCUUGUAACAAUUUCUUAGACACUGUAGACAAUAUCCGCAUGGCAACAAGGUUAAGCCUCAACCAAACCUGAGAAUGUAUCUAAUAUUACUAGCACAUACCGGUACUGCAUUACCUUUGGUAAUUCAAUGAAAUCCAUUUGUAAAUUUACAAAUGGACCUCAUGAACAGGGAGGAUGAUUUAGGUCUCUGACCUGCAUUGUAUUGUAAACAAAUAACACAUGAAGAACACACCAGUGCCAAUACAGAUUCUAGGCCCAGCCUUGACCAUUCAGAAUUAAACAAUGAUGGCAAUGCUGGUCUUCCACUAAAUAUACACUCUCCCCACCAAAAUCACUUACUUCUUCUUCCCUCAGUAUCACAUACAAUUAAUUUACUUUCAAAUGUACCAUAGGUUUUGGACCUUGGGUCACAGGUACACUAACAAUACAUAUUCAGACCCCAAUCUUCCUCUACAUCUAGUCUGUCUUUUUCUUCUAAUUGCUUUCUUGUCCCCUUUACCUCCUUGCAAUCUGUUGCUAUAUGACCAUAUCCAUCACAAUUGAAACAUUUGAUGUGCAUAAUAUCUAACAGGAAUUUGUUCAGCUUGUAGCAUUAUGUGCUCAGCCUUUGCAUUUUCCUUGAUUUGAAUAGCUUGUCAAAUUUCUGAUGCAUCCAAAGCAUUUACUAAGGUAUUCACUAUGAACGGCUUAAUUGAUUCAACCGUGAUAUCUUCAAAACUUCCAAAAACCUUAAUUGCUUCCCCAUAUUCAUAGUGGUUUUCUCCUUUCUUUUGCACUAUGCUAUGUAUAGUCAAUAGGCUGGGUAAAAACAGUUUUUACUUUAAUGCUGAGGAAUGCAUACCAAUUCUUAAGGACAACAUCACUCCUCUCAUCAGGGCAAUUUUCCCAUAUGUGUGCAACUGCUUGUCCCCCCACCCAUGCAGGCCAUGAGAAAGGUGACUCAUUAUAUCCUGCCACCCAUUUAGUAUGUUCUGCAGGGGUUAAUACUGUCUCCAUUAACUCAUUAAGAUCUUAUGUUGUGGGGAAAUAGCUGGCACACAUUAUUUUUAAAUGUUUUACAAACCCAUUUGGAUCUAGAGGGGGCAGGAAAUGAUACCUAUAAAAAUGCUAUGUCUUGUGGGCUCCACGGUUGACAAAUCCUCCGUGGUCUCCCAUCAUUAUCCAUCUGUCCCACUUCUCUAAUAGGUAAAAUCAUAGCCUCACUCCCAUCACUCCCAUCACUCUCAGGCAACACAUUGCUACAUCCUGAUAAACCUGUAGUUACCACAGCAUGAUCAGCAAAUCUUUUAGGCAGUCUAAUAUCCCUCUCAGGUCUACCACCUCAAUGCAACAUGGCUGAGGCACCAGCUAAAUUUUGGGGUACAAGCUGUGGUGCAUCAUUCAUCUGCUGAGGGGAAGUGACCCAAAGAGGGAUUCAUAAUCUCAUGAUUAAUCAAAAAAUCCUCAUCAUUAUAAGGCGGAGGAUUUUUAACAUUUCUUUUUAAAUUGUACAGUGAGGGAUACAAACAGGCAACACCAGUACCCUCUCCUUUACGUGCCCCUCCUGUUGCACCAGACUGGGGGGAACAUUCUUGCUUUUUCUUUUCAAUUUCCUCAUGCCAUAACAUAUAUGCAGACCAUUCCAGUUUUGAAAGACUUUUUUCAUUUAACAACAUUGUUCUUAAACUUAACAACACCCAAGGGUCUAAUGACCCCACCACUGGCCAUGGAUUUAUAUUAUUCUUAGUUAACUUUGCCCAUUUCUUUGAAUACAUAAUAUUUGAAGGGCCAUAUUUCUGUUUCAUUAAAUAAACUGGGGAAUCACUGGGUAUACUAUCCCCAUGAUCAAGCUGCUUGCCAUGAUUCAACCUCAUUUCUGUUACUUGUACUUUUAAACACCAAAUGUAUACACUCACUGUAUCACCUUUUGAGAGAUCGAAAGGUCACAAUUUUCAGUCUGUAUACUGACUGACAACUGGAGUUUACACAAAAAUCUCUUCUCAAAUGAUGUCACAGUUUAUCAAAAUUUAAACCAUAUACACACAGUUAUACAAUUUUAACACAAUACAUCUUACUCAAGUGCUAUGUUUAACCUAUGAGUUUAAACAGUUAAUACAAGACAACUUAACUUCACCUUGCUACGUUUAGACUGGGUGAAAUUAAGACAAUAAAACAAAAUAAUCUAAUCUCGCUUUGCUACGUUUAGACUUGGGAGAUUAGAUUCAUAUGGCUAGCCAAUUAAUACAAGACAACUUAAUUUCACCUUGCUACGUUUAGACUGGGUGAAAUUAAGACACUAAAACAAAAUAAUCUAAUCUCACUUUGCUACGUUUAGACUUGGGAGAUUAGAUUCAUGUGGCUAACCUCAACAUUUAGCCACAAUCACAUGACAGGGAUACAUCAUAUCAAAGAGACUCUCACCAACAGAGCUACGUUUAGACUUCUGAAGGCCCACCAAACCCCUAUUGGGUCUGCGAAGUUUAGUCACUUAAGUCUUCCUAGGGGACUACCUGUCAGUGCUACCACUGAUUCUAGAAUCACUCAGACAUAGACACUAAUACUGCAGUAUAUUUUACAACAUAGACAUAAAUAGUAACGUUACAAAUGGUCAAUAAAAGGCUAAGAAAUCAGGUCACACAGACUAGCAUUUACCUGCACCGUUCUUUGUUUCAUGGACACUCAAAAAUUACACUAAUGCCAUGUUUUAUAAAUGGUAUGGCUUACCUUUUAUAUGACCGGUCUGUUUGAGUGCCCACGAAAUGGUUGGCAGGUGCAGGUGUUCCGCUGGUGUCUGUGGUAUUCUGAUCCCGGACAAAGAGCCCCCAACUGUGGAAGUAGACAAAAAUAUUACCAGGUUCAAUAAAAAGCGUUUAAUUGACCAUUACAAUACACAGAUAUCUCAUGGAGAUUGGCAAGAAGCAAUCUAACAUCAUGUUACAAUUCCUCAUAUUUUAUACAUAUGACCCGGAACUGGCCUUUCGUUUAGCUUGAAUCAGAACUCCAAAUAUGGUCUUAUUUCCUAUUGGCUAAAUUCUAGCAUAACUGACAAAUUUAAGGUUCAAAAGUUUAAGCAUCCCAUGAUCUUUCUAACAGAUGACUUGACCAGUCAUGCGUCUUACUUCGCUAAAAUAUCGCUUGUCUAUGAUAAAAGUUAACACAUAUAAGUCUGACUUCCUCUUUCACAACUUAAGCACACAUUUCACCUUUCCCCCCCUGGCAACAUCUGACAAGACACGCUUUCAAAAUAACCUUUCCUUUUGCAAUCCAAAAAACAGUCCAGACAUCCAUUAAUAAAUUGUAGCAAUAAAACAUAGUUUCUUCUUAUUUCUUAGAGUAAAUAUUCUUCUUUGAUUAUAUUUUAAGAUGAUGAAUAAACAGCAAAAUGGCUGACAGCAUGUCAGUAGCAGGUUACAUAUGUUCACAGUCUAAAAAUAAAGCUUACACUAGAACUUCUAUCUACUACCAAAAAAUGAUAUGCAGUGUCAGUCCAUAACUCAGAGGUACUAAAUUAAAAUGCCAAGCUUCAGGUAGAUUUUUCAUAUCCUCGAAUGGAAACCCAUUUAUGAUGGGGAAUUGUCUAAUAAAUACAAGGAAUUCUGAAUAACUCCAGUUUAAUACCUUCAUAAAGAUCCUUGUCACAUGUAUGGACAAUUGAUCCUUCAAGUGAAUCUUUAAAGGGAUAUGUAUGCACCAAAACUUGCACAGCCUUCCUAAACCCUUCCUUUAAAGAGAUGUUUAAACUUCAAUUAUUGCAAAUUCUGUUAAGUUUAAAACUGAUCUGUUUAAUAGCCCAUUAUAGCAUGCAGGAGAGAACCUAAAGUUAACACUCUUCUCAUGUACGCGUCACAGCAAAUGGAGGGGUUUGUUUUCUGCCUCAAACAUAAGUGAAUUAACUCAUUAAUGACAAAAUUCGAGCUUAUGACUGCAGGGGCAUAAUCCAUAAACUGCUUCAUUAAGCUAAAGUUAUCUUUGUGCUUAGAGCAUCACUUAAGAUCAUGCUGGGUGGUAGAAUAAGUCAACAGCACCUAAUAGAAAUACUGCCCCAGUAUUUCUAAACCGUCUUUUCAGUGCAUUCUACAGCCUCUUGUAACCCUCUACCUGCUCCAUACAAGUAGACUUCAUGGCCCUGGUGCUAAUAGGGAGGAUACAAAGGGGGUUCCCCCAUAGAUAUGAGAUGGCAGGCUUGUGUUUUGUUUUUUUUUGUUUUUUUUUUUGCAUUCUUUAUUUGUAUGUAGUAAGGUCAAAUUGUAUCAAGAGACACGUUUAUAACAAGUUACGCAAGGCCCCUAAACCUUAUGUCCAACAAUAUUUUUAGGGUUUCGUUCCUAAGUUCCCCCCCCUCCCCCAAUCCCCACCAGUCUUGAUCAGGCCUCAUGUCUCCGUUUGGCAGGCUUGAUUUUUGUGGGGGUUGUUCACUCUGUAAUAGAGAUGUAUUGACGAUCCUCUUUUCUGUUGCAUCUCUAAAAACUAAAGCCAUGAAUCUCCACAGAUAUAGAAAACUCUGGAUGUGACUUGCUUCGUGAAGGAUACCCAAUCAAGCCAGUCCCACUAUCUUCUCACUGGAAAGCAGAUUAUAAGGUAUAUAAUCAUUGAGUAGACCUAGAGUUAACUAUAUAAUUUAUUUUUAAUUUUUGUCUUUAGUUUUUUAAAGAUGGGCCACGCCUCGAGGCUGCAUUUAGGAAGUAUAUAUGUCGCGCAGAUCCAAAGCAGGCAAAAGAUAGCUAUGAGAUCAUAGUCUGCCAUGAAAAUGUCAUCCGCUACAUUGUAUGCAGGUAAUAUACCCUUUGACCUCCAAUACAACAAGAAUCAUGUGUCAGUUAAUUGGUCCUCCCAGGUUCAGCACACUGAAUGCUGCAGAAUUUUUUUGGGGGGAAUGUUCGGAUUAUUUGACAGUGUAUACACCAGACUUCCAAAUGAUGCGAAUGUGGAAGUAGAAAUCUCUGAAGAGGGGCCAGACUACAGGCAUAAGCAAUAAAUGCUACCCGUUUAAUGGGGCUUAGAAUCUCCUGAAACCAUAACCACUAUGGUACUUGUGGUGUAAGUUGUGUAUAUUGACAACUGUUAAGCCAGUACAGCAGCAACUCUGGAAUUGUUAUAAAACAUUCUAUGAUGCAUUGUGAUACUGGCUAAAAGAAGGGAAACAAAACUUCAAUGUAACAUACUGGUAUACCUUGGCAUGUUGACCGUGCAAGCUAGCUUUUCCUUAAAACUUGAAGGGAUGCUGCAGGCACCCAGACCAAUUAAACUCACUAAGGUCUUGGUGCCUUGUGCAUUAAACCUGCUGUAGUAAUAUUGCAGUUUCUGAGAAACUGCAAUCAUUACCUGAGGAUUAACUCCUCCAGUGGCUGUCUACCAGACAGCCACUAAAGGGCUUCCACUGGCUGUUCUCAUAUUCUGAAUAAUUCUUCCCUGUGUAGAAUAUGCAUGCUAUAAACUGUCUAGGUUAAGUAAAAUCAUCUAGGAUACAACCAGCAUUAUCUAGCUUUUAUUGCAGUAUAUGUGAAAUUGUGCUAAUUUGUAAUUUUUGUGUUCAGGGCAUUACAACUACCACCCGAAGCAUGGAAAAGGAUGUCUCUUCAUCAUGGUAGCAUUAGCAAGCUAGUCAUCUAUCCAGAUGGGGAGGUGUUACUGGAGAUGCUUGGUGAUGUUGGUUUUUUGCCAGUGGACAAACUUGAAGAGGUUUGA